AUGACAUAUUUAUUCGAUAUCCCUGCCUAUUUCAUUCUUUUACGAGAAACUCUUGAGGUCACGAUAAUUCUUGCCGUACUGCUUGGGUUCAUUGAUAUACUUGUCCCAGAAAAGGAUGCAGCAAUAAAAAAAACUUUUAAACGUCAAAUUUGGAUCGGUGCAGCUGCUGGCUUGGCUCUUUCUAUUGUAAUUGGUAGUGUUUUUAUAGCUGUUUUUUAUACUGUUGCAAAAAAUUUAUGGGAAGAAAACGAACCAGCAUGGGGUAUGACCAGAGUUCAGCAAUGGAGAAAAAAAUGGGAAAGAAAACUUGAAAAAGCAACUGAAAGUUACUUGGAAAAGCAUAAAACUGGCAAUAAAUGGGCUUUGAUUUUGUUACCAUUCACUGUUGUAUGUCGUGAAGCUGUUGAAACCUUUGUAUUCAUAGGAGGUAUUGGAUUCAAUAAACCUGCAUCAGGACUACCAAUUCCAGUAAUUCUUGGACUUUUGUCAGGGUUUGUUAUUGGGUGGAUCAUUUACAAAGGAGCUCACAAAGUAUCAAUAAAUAUAUUUUUUACAGCUACUACAGUAUUUCUUCUUUUUGUGGCAGCUGGAAUGUUUUCAACUUCAGUCCAUAAAUUUCAACAAGCAACUGGAUCACAUGAAACAGUGUUAUGGCAUACAACAUGUUGUGAUACAAAUAAUGCAUUCUGGUCAAUUAUGCAAGCAAUAUUUGGAUGGCGUGAAAAAGCAACACUUGGUACAACAAUUGCAUGGACAUUUCAAAAUUUAACAGGAUCAGAGCCUGUUAAUAUUAUUUCAGGAAAAUGGGUGAAAAUUGAUAAACUGAAAGAAUCAUCAACCAAAAUUAUUCAACUUCAUGAAAAAAUUGCAUUAAAUCGGAUUUCUGAUAAUCUUUAUACACUUGCUACAUUUAAGUCAGAAUUUGCAGCUAAAGUAAUUCCUGGUUCGAUGCUUACAGAUACUGACAUAAAAGUGCUAAUCACUUAUUUAGAAUAUGAUCUUAAAGUCAUCGUAACAAAAAGUUUGAGUAAUGGGUCUCCUCAUAAAUAUGAUAGCAAUCCUGAUGAUUUGGUGAUCAAGUUUUGUUUGAAAAAAUAUAAAUUGAAACUUGAAAUUACGGAAUUGGAUUGUAACAUUAUUACAAUAAAGGAAACAUCACGGAAACUACAUGAACAAAUUCAAGAUAUAGAAACUCGAAUCAAAGAGUUAAAGACAGCUGCUAGUAAAUAUAUUUCUCUUAAGCAGAAAACACUAGCAAUGAAAUAUUUGCGAAAAAAACUAAAACUUGAUAAAAUUUUAGUUAAAAGAAUAAACUCUUUGGAAGCAGUCGAAACAAUCCUAUUAAAAAUUCAAGAAGCUGUAUCUGAUGCAGAGAUAAUUGAAGGUUAUAAAGCUGGGGCUGAUGCAUUGCAAAAUACUUUGGUUAUAAGUGGUCUAACAAUUGAUAAAGUAGAUGAAACAAUGGAUCAUCUACAAGAAGUUCUUGCAGAUCAAAAGGAAAUUGAAGAUGCUAUGAAAUCAGGACAGGAUUCAAUACUUGUUGCAGCAUUAAAUAAUGAUGUUGACGAUGAAUUAGAAAAAGAAUUAGAGAAUUUAUUAGCUGCAGAAGAAGAAAGAAAGGUGGUGAAAGAAGAAGUGAAGCAACCAAUAAAAGAAAAAAAUCAAGAGUUAGAAAAAUUAGAAACAAAAUUACAUGACUUGAAGCAUUUUUGUUAG